UGGUAAAUUUUAGUGUCGGGCCUCUUACAGAAGGAAAAGACUAAUAAACUAUCACUGCUUCUGCUUCUGUUUCGUUCGGCACUUUUUCAGUUUCUUUGUGUUCUCUGAUCACAAGUCCCUCGGACUCGGAUUUUUGCCAUUGCCGGAAAUGAGUUCUCCGGCGAGUGUCCGGUGAUUUGUUGUUUUCACAUGCAUGAUCGCACCUCCGGUUCCUUAUCACUGCCAUGGUUUUAUGCCGAGGUGUUGGCACGUACGGGUUCGUUGUUUUGGUGAGAAUUCUGAUCAAGCAACUAUGUUUUAUUGUUUCGGAGAAACGACUCUGUUGCGGUGGAUUCUUGAAAUUUUAAUUUUGUUUUUCUUAGUUUCUCGAUUAUUAUAGAUAAUAUGUAUGACAUAACUAUAGCCUCGCCACUUGUGAAUUGGAGUGCUUAUCAGUGCUGAUACGAAGCAGAGACGGAUCUCUACCUAUUUUUCUACCCUUUUUCUUUUUGCAGUAGCACCACUAUAUCAGAUUGUGCUUCCAAUUACCACGGCUUUACGAUUCAGUGUGUUUCAUGUUGCCAAGAAUGAAAGGAGGUAUAUCAGGGAAGAUCUAAAGCAGCGCUUGCUGCACAGGUCCUAUGAUGGACGCAUACUCCUCUGGAGGAGAAGGGGUUGUUAAGACAAGAAAACCUUACACAAUCACAAAGCAAAGAGAAAGAUGGACUGAGGAGGAGCAUAAUAGGUUUCUAGAAGCCUUAAAGCUCUAUGGGAGAGCAUGGCAGCGCAUUGAAGAGCAUAUCGGAACAAAGACUGCUGUGCAAAUCAGGAGCCAUGCACAGAAAUUCUUUACAAAGGUGGAGAAAGAGGCUCUUGAAAAGGGUGUUCCAAUAGGGCAAGCUCUUGACAUAGACAUCCCUCCUCCACGGCCCAAAAGAAAGCCAACUAAUCCUUAUCCUCGGAAAACCAGUAAUGGCUCUCCGGCACCACAUAAUGGAGCAAAAGAUGGCAUAUUAACUUCUGUUUCGCCUUCGCAUGGUAAAGAAGCACUGGACUUGGAGAAAGAACCACCUCCGGAGAAAUCUAAUGGAGAUGAAAGACCAAUAAAUGUUACUGAAAACAAGGAUGAGAGCUGCUCAAGAGUAUUUGCUAUUCCACCAGAGGCACCCUAUUCCUCUAUAUCUUCAGCGAAAAACAGAUCAAUUUCAUUGUCAAUGCCACUGAGAAACUCAUGCAUUUUAAGGGAGUUCAUCCCUUCAGUAAGAGUGGGAAUUACUCGAGACGAAACAGAUGAAUCUUCUGUCACUAUUGAGCUUGAAAAUCAGAAGUGCAACAUAGAUGAUGGAAAACUAGAACAGACGAAAGCCUCUAAAUUGGAGGGUUCUGAUGGUUCAGGUGUAAAAUUGGUUUUGGAGUGUUCUGAUGCUUCAGGUGUAAAAUUGGUUCAAAGUCAGAAAACAGAUGAUCUCAAUUGUGCAUUAACAAUAGAUGGGAUAAAAGACAAUCAGAAUUGCCCAAGGCAUGUCCCAGGGCCCGGUCUUGAUGGGAACCUCGAAGCAGAUACACAACCUCCCAAAGAUAUGCUAUUACGAGACUCUAAAUUUCAGCCUCUGGGAGAGGUUAAUGGGCAACAUAAUAUUUUCACAGAUUCAGCUGCGUCAAACACGGGCGAAAAUAAGAAUAACACACCCCAAUCUUCUAUUCAUCAAUUAUUUCCUGCUUAUCCUCCCUUCCCGCAAGUUCUAUGUAGUCAAGAUCAUUGCCAUUCAUGUUUUCACAUGUCCUCCACAUUUUCAAGUCUCAUUGUCUCCACCCUCAUGCAAAAUCCUCCAGCCCAUGCUGCAGCUAGUUUUGCUGCUACAUUUUGGCCCUAUGCCAAUGCAGAUUCUCCUGAUUCUCAUGCUUCCUCUCAAGGAGGCUUCACAUCAACACAAAUUGGCUCUCCUCCAAGUAUGGCAGCUAUUGCAGCUGCUACUGUGGCUGCUGCAACUGCAUGGUGGACGGCCCAUGGACUGCUGCCUUUGUGUGCUCCACUCCAUUCUGCUUUCUCCUCUCCUCCUGCAUCUGCGGUGGUAAUUCCUUCCAUGAAUACCGCUGAAGCACAAGCAGUUAAAAAAGAUCAGAAAGAGACUACGGUUGAGAAUCCUCCUCUGCAAGAUCAGAUGCCAAACGGAGAAUAUUCAGAAGCUGUGCAAGCUCAACAUUCAGACUCCAAGUCGCAAGAUGUUUCUUCAUCAGAUUCUAAGAGUAAAGAUGCCGAUUUAACCAAUUCACCUAAGGCUGCUGAACAUGACAAGAACGAAGCGAUUUCUGAGAACCUUGACUCCAACAAGACCAACGGAAGAAAACUGGUUGACCGUUCUUCGUGUGGCUCCAACACAACCUCUAGUAGUGAUAUAGAGACAGACGCGUUAGAGAAGAAUGAGAAAGGGAAGGAAGAGUCCUUGACACCAGAUGCAAACCACUUAACAACUGAGCCUAGUAAUCGCCGUAGUAGGAGUGCAGGCAACCUUACUGAUUCUUGGAAAGAGGUCUCCGAAGAGGGUCGACAGGCCUUCCAGGCUCUCUUCUCCAGAGAGGUUUUGCCCCAAAGCUUUUCACCAUCACACUUGGAAAAGGACAUUCAGAAAGACCACAAAAAUGAGGAUCACAAGCAGAACAUGGUUGACGGAGAUGAAGACCUUGAUAGCAACAAACACAGCUCUGAUCAGGUAGGGGUAGAGAAGAACAUGCCAUCUGCAGAAAGAACACAGGGAGAGGAGGGACUUCUAACCAUAGGGCUCGGGCAACGAAAGCUUAAGGCCUGUCGAACUGGGUUUAAACCUUACAAAAGAUGUUCAGUGGAGGCCAAGGAAAAUAGGGUUGGAAGUACUAGUAACCAGGGUGAAGAGAAAGGUCCGAAGAGAAUACGCUUGGAGGGGGAGGCUUCAACUUGAUCGCAUUGGGUAUUGCAUGCAAUCACACAAAAGAAAACUUUUGGUUUUGCAUUAUCAGUUCUAACUCCCCUUGUCACCUAUUGUUUAUUAUCUAAUCCUGCAGCUUCACGAAACUUGUCGUGUAGGUGUGUGUACUAUAUUAAUUUUCCACGUGCUCAUAUUUACUAUCCCUGAGACUGAUGUUACUGCACUAAAAACUCUGCUAAAGACUUUCAAAAGAAACAUAAAGUACUGUUUAUGCCAUGAAUAUAAAGUAAUCUAUGAGCCUUCAUUCUGUGA